AUGUGGUUCCAGCAAGGUGGUUGUCCAGCGCAUUACAGCCGCUUAGUUCGAAACCACCUUAACGAGGAGUAUCCAGACAGAUGGAUAGGGCGGGGUGGUACAAUCUCGUGGCCCGCCCGCUCACCCGAUUUAAAUCCUCUUGAUUUUUUUUACUGGGGAGCAGGAAAGGAAAAAGUCUAUUCCAAGUCGAUGCAAAAUGUAGAAGAGCUUAGACAGAGAAUAGCGGAAGCAGUAGAAUUUGUGAAUAAUGGACGAUUUGCCCGCUUCAUUUCACGAUCUUUUUUAAGGAGAUGUCGAGCCUGUAUUGCAGCUGAAGGACGGCAAUUUGAACAUCUUUUAUAA